CCGGACCGACGCCGCCCCACACUCACCGACGCCGCCCCACAGCGUCCGCCCCCGCCGAUCUCGCAGACGACGCCUGGCACGAUGAAGCCAUCUCUUAGCAUUCUCAUCUCCACCGUGCUGCUGCUUGUGCUGUCAGGCACUGUCUCAUCUUACAACGAUGACAGGCCAAUCUACAAGUGGAGUCCACUGUGGUUCAACAGGUACUUCCGAACAGCCAGCAUGAUUAAAAGGGCUGACAUAGAAGAGCCACAGAUCGCAACUGAAUGUGUGACAACCGGAAGACGUUGCAGUUACUGGGGAAUGAGGCUACCCUGCUGUGGAACAGGAGCAUGUUUAAUGGGACACUGUGUUCCAUUACAGGACCAGUACCUUUUCCGACCAGAAGAAGAAUAAACCAUAAAAUCAGCAGAGGAUCAACACUUCACUGCAUCUUCUAAUUACUUGUUUUCAUUAUCUGAUAAGAAUAAGUAAUUCACUAUCAGUAUGAAACUUUCAUGUGCUGCCUAUAAUUCAUUCUAUAUGUCCAGAAUGAACUUGGAAAGUAGGAAAGAGGUACUGACAGAUUAAAGCUUUUAAUUUGGAUGACUCAGUUGGUAGUGCUUCAAGGAGAGCAGCUCAGUUCCAUUUCCUGUUCAGAACAAAAUUUUAGUAAGUAAGCAAGUUUUGAUUCUAAGUGUAUUUGUGAUAUUAUUGCAUGAAUGUUAUGGCUGAAAAAAUGUAUGUCUCGUGUGGCACUGUCAGUAUGUACUCAUAUUUCUUAUCUUAUACCAUUACGGAAAAUCCCAAAUGAAAGUUAAUAAACGCUCACUACAGAGACGAAGUGUUGGGCAGGCACAUUAAGUGACUGCUGCUCCAUUGCAGCAUGUUCUACCCCACCUGGACUUGACUGAAACUCAAAAAUUAAGUCUGGGCAAGUGCACAUUAUGACGAAGAAAAGAAGUUUUACAGUUGAACAGUGUUAAUCACCACUCUAAUAUGCUUGCCCACUUCUCAAUACUUCCUCUGUGUGCUCUGUCCUCAAACUAUUUUGUUCAGUCAUUGUAUCUUGCAUCUAAUCAGUUUCCUAACCAUUAUAAUUUCAGUAAAUGAUUUUAUUGUAUAAGACAACAUUUUAAGUCGAUUUUCCUUACAAAAUACCAACAAACAUUUUUAUUCAAAUACAAUCCAACCCACAAACAUAAAUAAAUUACUUAGACUGCCGAGUUUCACACAGAAGUUAUUUUUCAGUGGGUGGGAAAGCUCAAUUGCCUCAAUCCAGCAAACAGUCUGCUUUAUUCUCUAAAACGCAAAAAUAUUUACAAAUUGCACUGUUCAUAGGCAGUCACAAAUAACUUUAAAAUAAACAAAAUAUGAAGAUCAUUUACAAAAAUACAUUUUAAAAAAGAAUGUUUCACAAUAAACUUACAAAAAACAGUAUUUUAAAAGACCAUUAUCAGACAUCAUAGAAAAUUACAGACCUAGUUGACAAUGAUGGAUAAUUCAUAACAUUGUUAUCUUCACAGAAGUGAUGUUAAUUUUCACUGUGCAACUGCAAGUAUUUACAGCUGCUAUGAGCCCUCAGUUCUUGCUACAAUGGUUUAUAGCUUUUCUUGUCAGAUUUGUCAAUUACUUUGAUCAUGUGGGUCUGUGUUAGUUAUUAAACAAGAUACAAAAACAUAAAAUCACAUGUUUUAUUUAGUCCUCCUUACCCAAUAUACUAAUUGACAUUAAAAAUAAUAAAUUCAUAUUUCACAUUUAUAUCUCAGAGCUAGGUUCUACCUGAUAUAUUUCCACCUUUGCCAGAAAUGUAUAGAUGCACCAAUUUAUUCUAAUAAAAUGUCAAUUUACAUUGUAUUAUAAGCUAAAUGUCAAUAAAAUAUAUGUACAUGUCAUGAU